GCAGCCACUAGGGGGUGACACGGUCCACCGGUUUGAUCAGAGGUUAUGGCUUCAGUUUUUGUGCAAGUUGCACCGUUGCUGUAAAGAGCGAGUGUUUAACUCUUCGGUUUGGUUUUACGUUGACAAUUAACACCCGGCGAGGUUUACGUCUCUGGGGGCAGCUGUAGGAGGCUAAAUACGACAAAGCAGUCCCUACAGGAGAGAGAUCCUCUGUCCUAAGAGGUGCCACACAUUGACGGCUCUGACAACUCGUUGCAACGUAACGGAUUAAAUCAGAGCCCGUGAUGUUCAAUCCGCACAUCCAUCAGCAGCAACAGCAACAGUUUCACCAGCAACUGAGGCAACUACAGCAACUUUUCCAGCAGCAGCAGCCUCCGCCUCCCCCGCCGCAGCCGCCUCCCGGACACCAUGUGGCCCAUCACCACCAGACACCCCGAACCAUUCCUGUUGCCCCCCAGACAGCACCCCCUCCCCGGAUGGUCAACCUGAGCCAUGCCUCGCAGACAACCAUCAUCGCCCCCAAUCCCAUGCUGCAGGGUGCUUUACUGAUGCAGCAGAUGCAGGGUAACAUGCGGGGCUUUGGGAUGGGUGGGCAGCAGUUUCGGCAGUUCUUCACAGCAGGGAACAGGUCGUCCCUGCUCGGGCCGGUUCCCAUGGGCAUGGCUAUCAAGUCUCCCAUCAUGGGUUUCCCAGCUACACGACCCUUCCACCCACAUCCCCGCUACUUCAACAACAACAACAACAACACCACCACCUCCUCAGCAUCCUCUGCCUCCUCUUCUUCGUCUUCCGCGGAUGCUGCAAAUCGACAGCCAGAUCGUAAGCGGGACAGUGAGCAGAUGGCAGCAGGGAGCUCAGAUGAGCAACCAGCAGCAGCUAGCAGUACCACUGGAGCUAAUGGCAAGACUCAAGCAGAUGGUGCUACGGGAGGACUGGAUGGGCCAACACAACUAUCUGAGGAGCAACUUGAAGAACCUGCAGUGAAGAAAAAGAGGACAGAAUGGUUGGAGAAGCCCACAGAACAGGGAGCUGCCGAGGCCGUCACUACGGCAAACAUAGAUGCGGAAGCUCUUUCCUCGGAGUGUAGCAACAACACAGAGGAUGUCCACCCUGAAGAAUGCAUCGCUCUGGAAGAAAGUGGCUCCCGAACAGGAUCAGACAUUGUCGACGCACUCGAGGAGACCAAAGUUGGUGAGCUGCAUAGCUGUUCGUCAGCCCCGUCCCCCUCUGGCAGGCCUAGUGAGGGUGACCGGCAGGCUAAUUUACCAGCAGAGGAAACUUCACAGAGCAAAGAUGCCCCAGUAGCUUUGCCUGAGAGCCAGGAUGAAGAGGAGGAGGGUGUGGCAGAGGGCUCCAGCAAGUUCUACUGUUAUCUUUGCAGCACCACCUGCCACAACCAGCAAAACUUCAGGAGUCAUAUGAACAGCAUUUCCCACCAGCAGAGGAUGAUGGAGAUCCAACACAUGAGCAAUGCCUGCCUCGUCACCCUGCUGCCUCGGGUGCAGGAGUCUCUACAGGGAGCAAACAAAGAUGGGGAGAAGAAAGACUUGAAGCGUUGGUGUGCCACCUGUCUCACACACUUCACGAGUAGCAUCGCCGACCACCGUCGCACAGAGGAACACAAGCUUGCCAGUAAAACAGACAUGUCCUCCUGUGCCAUCUGCAAGAAACACUUCAAGAACUCCCAGAUGUUUUUGGAGCACUUGCAGUCCCAGGAGCACAGACAGAAGCUCCAGGAAACGGAUUGUGAGGCCUUCGCCAAACUUGCUUCAUUGGGCACAGAAGGUUUUUCAUUAGAAACAGAGGAGGGGACUGAGGAGGAGAAAGGAUUGAGUAAUCAAGGAGAUGGAGAGGACGGCUGGUCCUCCCUUAAAGAAGCGACUGACGUGUCCAGUGAUGAGCAGUAUGACCCUGACACAGUCUAUGGGUCCAGUUUUUUAGUUCCAGUCGCAGGUUUUAUCUGCAAGCUUUGCAACAAGUUUUACAACUUUGAGUCUUCUGCCCUGCACGGCCACUGCAAAUCAUUGCAGCACUUUGAGAAUCUUAAGAGGUACAAAGCCUUGGUGAGUCGAAAAGGUGAAGAUGCUGAAGAUUCGAGAGAAUCUGUCCAACCUGCUGACGGGCUCAUGCACAUAAAUGAAACUGCCUCAGACUGUUCGGAUAAAAAUCUACUCUCUGAUGACAGAGAUUUAGCGACGAACCUUAAAUCCUUGCAGCCCGUUGUCACGCUCACCCAACUUAAAAUGCAGAUACAGGGCGAGGAAAAGGGAAAGCUGGCCGAACCUGAGGCAACCUCAGAGGACUUGUCUACCACCUCAGCAACCAUCACUAGCAACAUGGACACAUCCCCUGCUGAGGUGCCCGCCAGCAGUAGUGUGGACAUGGACUCUGAGCCAUCAGCCUCUGCAGAGGAUGCCACUGAAGAGUUGGAGGAGAGAGAAGCCCCUGCAACCCAGGGGAAAAAGAUUGGGACGGGGAAAGCACCCAGACGCAGGUCGGGAAGGGCGGCAAACAGGCGAUGAGGAAAUGAUGUGCACAGAAAAGAAACAGGUACAAUCACAACCACUGACAGGAUGUGACUAAAGAGGUGCUUCCAUGGAACAGAGACCAAGGAGUUGGCGGUCGAGCUCCUCACCGCACUGGAAAGUUGGAAUUAAAUGCACAGAGAACAGGACUUCUCAUGUGAAUCGCUCUCCCAGGGUGAGAAAUUAACACAAUUGCGGGCGAAGCUCUUAAUUUUGGCUUUCAGUUGGAAAAUGUGGGCCAGCGUCAGCCAUCACUAUCAGAUUACACAUUAUAAAGUCAUCUAGUCAAAAAUAAAAAGAUGAAGUAGAUAUUGAACUUAAAGCAUUUGUGUUUAGUAUCAGUAUAAUCAGAACAACUAAAUAGACCUUUUUUUUUUUCCCUUUUUUUUCCCCUUUUUUUUAACAACGAGAACAUCCUUGUAUUUGAUGCCCUCUUUGAACUGAUUCCCGUACUUUGGUCUCUGGAAAACUGCAACUAAGCAGAUUGUGCUUAUUUGUGUAGUCGCACUACGACAGAAAUUCAUAGAGGCUGUUGCUUCAACAGGUGACAGGAAAAUAAAUAUAUAUAAAAUGUAUAUAUCUUUGGAUAUAAUGGCCCAUGGUCCCAUUGAGGUUUAAUUGGCUUUAUUCUAUCAUUCCAAAUCUGUGCUUUGGUUCAGACAUUGUAUUUUUUAAAACCUAAUAUUUGCUGUGCUGAAUUAAAACUGCACAUAGUGUUGUUUGCAUACUAACUAAAAAAAACAAAGGGUAUUGUGACUUUUACUGUAUACAUGAAGGAUGUAGUUUGGAAUUAGGAAAUGCUGCUUGGUUGCAAAAAAAAAA